AUGUUGCGUUGGUUUGGUCUCUUUACACUCUGCUUAUGGUGCUGCACGCAACUGGCAUGGGCGCAGGGAACCAUGUUGGAGCAAGUUCGUGUGUCAGAACUCUCACGCUCUGACCCUAUUGGCGCCGCGAAGCAGGUGAUCCAGUUCCCACACAUCCUCAGGGAGAAUGCCUCGUUGUGGUUCCAAAACAACAAUGUGUCAGGCACAGGCGACGAUGCCCAAGUACCCUGGGGCCGUGGUGCCUGGUUCAGCUGGAACCCCUGGGCGCUGGGUGAGUUUGAGACGGGGUACGUGUGGGUCCCCACGGACUUUGACAUGUUCCAUUUGGACCGCUCUGAAUCGAUCGGGAAGAUCAAUGGUACAGAAGGAAAGAUUCCGUACUAUGUAAACAAAGACUACGAUGCGUCGAAGAUUAAGCGUGCGGUGAUCAUUUGGCCAGGCCAAUGGCGUGACUCGUGGAAGUUUAUCAACCUGCUCGGCAAUGCCUAUCGUGUUGCUCAAAAGUACCCAGAGCUGGAGGUACAUGAUGGCGAGGUGCUUAUGAUCUCACCCUUGUUCCUGAAUGAGGACGACAUGAGUGCUGGCGCUGCGACCAAGGACCAGCUUGUGUUUGCCAAGUCGGGCUGGUCAGCUGGCGGUACCGCACGCUCACCGGAAGUAUUCAAGCAUGUGAGCUCGUUUGACGUAAUUGAUCAUUUCGUAAACAAGACACUGAACAAAGACCAUUUCCCCAAUCUCGAGACCACGGUCGUGGCGGGACACUCGAUGGGCGGCCAGGCUGCACUGCAUUAUGCGAUGCUGAAGAACCCCACGUCGGAUGAGGAUCGCGUGCGUAUUUGGGUCGGCAACCCAGGUUCGUACGUAUGGCUGGAUGAUAGCCGUCCGUUCUCUACCAAAGGAUGUGAUGGUUACACAAACUGGCCGUACGGCGUGUCCGACAUCAAGACGAUCCCCAAAUAUGCGCGUAGCCGUGCUGGAGAAAAUGGUGCGACCCUGAUUCGCAAUUUCCGUGAACGGCAUAUCCACUUUGCCAUCUCUGAAAACGACAAUGGUCAAGGUGUGACGCAUUGCGAGGCCAUGGCCCAAGGCCCCAACCGCAUUGCGCGCGGCACGGAAUGGGUGUUGGCGCAAGGCAACUCUACAGCUGGCUGGUCUGACAAGCACACGCUCAACUACAUUGCAGGCGCAUCGCAUCAGGAUUAUGUGACAAUGGCGUACUACUACAGCCUGAAGCAUAUCUUUUCGGAUAACAACUAA